AUGGUGCUCACACAGAAGCUGCACGAGACGUUCAAGGGAACGGUGGAGAGAAUCACUGGGCCGCGGACAGUCUCCGCCUUCAAGGAGAAGGGAGUCCUCAGCGUCUCCGAGUUCGUCAUCGCCGGCGAUAACCUCGUCUCCAAGUGCCCCACCUGGUCCUGGUAUGUGUCCUCUCUCCCAGUUGUUGGAUGGUGGGAGUGCGGCGUAUUUUUCGUAAGAUGCUUCUGUUUUUUAACUCAUCGAUUGCCCUAUGAUGCUUUGCUUUGUUGUGGUGGUGGAUUGAUCUGGAUAGGGAGGCCGGCGAGCCGAAAAAGAGGAAGCCGUACUUGCCUCCAGAUAAACAGUUCCUCGUUACUAGAAAUGGUAUCUCGAUAAGCGUACAUUGAAUUGGGAUUGCCUUUUAUGUUUAUUUUCUGUAUAUUUCAAUUUGGGCGUGCCUGAUGUAUCCCUUAAACGCUUCUUCUUUUCCUCAAUUCUCAGUGCCUUGCUUGCGACGGGCAAUUUCUGUUGAGGAAGAGUACGAAGCUGCUGGAGGGGAAGUUCUUCUUGACAAUGACGAGAACGAUGGCUGGCUCGCGACUCAUGGAAAGCCUAAAGGUAGUACCAUUUUUUAUAAUUUAUUGGUUGUAUCGGUACAAUACCAUAUUACUAAGUUGGUUUGAAUCAGAUGUUUCUUGGGUUAAUAUGCCUUAUUUUCUGUAGAGACCCAACCCAACGAAGAAGAGACGAUACCUUCCAUGGAGUCUUUAGCAAUCAACUCGGAAGGACCUAUCCGAUCCAUUUCUACCUAUUUCGGUGGUGCAGAGGAAGAAGAUAUUCCUGACAUGGCUAGCUAUGGGGAUCCAGAUAAUCUUCUCGAUGUAGAUCCUGUAUGUCACCGUCCCUGGCCCAACUCUAACUUAUCAUGUAUUCGUCUUUUUCGUGUGUUUUUGGUCUAACCUUUAACCUACUUUUAAUCUUUUCUGUUACGUAUCCUAUUACAUUUAUAAAAUUUCGUACUGGUAUGAAAUUGUGUUGGAAAAAAUCCCACAGUGAUAUCUAUACGACUUAAGACUUAGUUCUUUGGAAACUUUGCCAUCCUGGAGAUGAUCAUGGAUAUCAUCCUAGAAUUAGUAUAAAAUUCUUUGGUGCACGAACAAACAACUCCAUGCUUCUUACAAAGUACAUCAGAUUGCAUAAUCUUUAUCAUGAGGACUCGUGUGAUGUCACAAAAUAAACUUGAUUAUACAUGAAAUCGAUCAGUUACCUACACUCAUCUAAAAGAGGCGCUAAAAUCAAACUUCAAAAGAAAAUAUUCAAAAUACAUUUAAUUGUCGAGAGGACAUCACUGCUGCUCCAAACAUAUAUUUACGGUCAUUAUUUUGUUAAAAAAUGUGAACUUUCUUAUCGCAGUAUAUUCUUAUCGCAGUAUCAUUUUCACGUUUAAUUAUAUGUGAAUUGGUUGGUGGUUAAUGGUUUUGAGGAAUUGUUUGGUAUAGUUAUUUGUACAAUGCGAUAGUUUAGAGAAGCAAAUUAGCAAACGUAGAGGCCAGCAACAGAGAAUAUUUCUGUCAGCUGGGUACUAUUUUAGUGCAAGGGAUAAGCAUGAGAACCAGGCAAACGAAGAGAUUCCCUGGCUUCCCUCUGCAUUUCUUGUGAGUAAAAUGAUAUUUAGGAAUUGAUGGGUGUAGUGUAUUUAGGAUGGGUUGAUUAUAGAAACCCAGAAUUCGGUUGUUGGUUUUAUUCUUAUUUUAUGAUUUUAUCACUAUGAACAAGCAUGAAAAGCUAAAUCAUGUCUUGGUCAAAAUGACAUGUGGCUCAGGAGAUCUGAAGGUGCAUUAGUUGUGUUGACUAGUGUUUUCAUCAGAAAUUCAUGCUACAUGGGUUGAUACCUGUUUCUGGAAACUAGAACAUAAGGGACAUGUUGCAAUACUGUUAAAACGGCCAAUAUGUUGUAACCAUCGAUGUGAUAUCUGAUUGUCUAUUUCUUAAAAAUCAAUUGUUAUGGUUCCCAGUAGGAUGCUCAUUUUCAGUUAUGUUUUGUCCUGUGUUGUAGAUUGAUGGGUUACAAUAACAGUUUGGCAUUCUUUUGUUUAAUGAUGUUAUCUUUUAUAGAGUCAUCAUCAGUCAACGCUCAUUUCUAACAUUGGUGAAGUGACUUAGCUCAGUCAACCUAAUUCACGUGGGAGGUUUCUGCUUCUGUAGAUAUGCAGUCAGACUUACAUGACAGACAGAUGCUAUAUAGCUAUCAUAGAGACAUCAUAAUGUGUUGAAAAGUAAAAGUUGUCUAAAAGAUGCCAGUGAUGUAUAGAGAUACUGUAAGGUUGUUUCCUUUUCUUUUUUAGGAGCAUACUCUUGUGGCACGUUAUUCUUGUAUUUGCAACUCUGUAGUUUACUUUGCUCAAUAAGUAGUGAUCGCAAAAUCAUAGGUAUUCUAUGUGUUUCUUUAUAACUGUGUCAGUUGAUUCCAUAAAACUUUCUCUCAUCUGUCCUUAAUUUACUCAGGCAACACUUCAGCCCACAUAUUUUGUGGCACAGGAGCCAGAGGAGGACAAUAUACUUCGCACUCGCACCUAUGAUGUUAGCAUAACGUAAGAAGUUUCUCCUCUCCUGCAGUAAUAUGUUGAUUGAUCUUAAUUUAUUUAUUGUGCUAUGUCAUCGUGGCCGAAUAUAAUUUACUUUUGAUUUGUCAGAAAGAGUAAAUAUAAGGAAAGUUUGGGUAAUGAUUGUGUUCUCCUUUUUUUUCAUAAUUUUUCUCAAGUAAUGUUUCAUCAAUUUGAAGUCCAUGGCCAGUGCCCGUCCAUCUUCAAUGAAGGAGUGGAUGUUGUUGUAGUACUCGAAUUUCUGGGUUAAAUUCUAGGUUGGGGAUGAAAGUACAGGUGGACUGCAGCUGCUCUGCUUUACACUUCUAGGUUUCCUCACCUCAAAAUAUUCAGCUCGUUUGGGCCAGUUUUUUCGCCUGACUAGGGAGGUUGUCAUAUUGAUGCGAGCAUAAUCCUCAUAUGUGCUAUUCAUUUGCAUUUGUGAAUAGUUUAUGACUAAAUUACCAACUAUCUUAAGGUGAGAAGUAGUACCUGUGAGAUAAGAAGGUAGUGAGCCUAUCCUUCCUGUCUGUUCACCUCGGAAGGGUGGUAGAAGUUAGACGGACGAGAUGGGCUUAUGAGGGUCAAAAAGUCCAGACAGAAAGCUCUAACGUCACAACAUCUUUUGGAUCUCUUAUUUCGAAGUACUUGCUAGUAGACGUUCUUCCUUCUCCUGUGGUUUUUCACCCUGAAUGCCUUGUUUCCUUAUUGUUAUUAGAAAAGGUGCAAUUGAGUCAUUUAUAGGGAAAGAAACUCAGAAGAUUCGAGUAGAUUUGCCUCCGAUGUGGUAGAUAGCAAUUAUUAAUACCUUUCUUUUGGAGAUAAAUUAUAUCAUUACAUUUAUUUCAUAGGCGGUGAACAAUCAAAUUUGAAUAUCACUGAACUUAAGCACUGCAUGUGCUGGGACCUAAACAAGUAAAAUUUACUAAUUUUCUAGAGGAACAGAACCAAAAGUUGCUUUUCCCGUGGAUGUCUCCUUUGAUGCAAUGUUGAAUACCUUCAAAGGAAAAGUUUCCUUCGAGCACUGUCUUCUUUGCCUUUGAAACUGUUGUGUAAAUUAUCAAUGAAUAUGAAAUUCCAUAAUCUGAAAAAGUCAUGAGGGGAACGGAUAUUUGUUUUCAAGUUUUAGUUCUUCACUGAAGCUACCUUUGAUGACAACAAAUUCCGUACUUUCACAUUUAUUCCAAUUAUGUGGUAUCUAUUUUAAUUUUUGAUUUGGUACCUGUCUAGCUCCAUUUCAGAAGUUGGCGACAACUGAUCCUUUUGAUGGUUAUAACUUCAAAUUUUUAGUCCUGUCCUUGGGGAGUAGAUACUGAUAGGAUCUCAAACAGGACCCUAUCAAGGACAGCAACCGGAUUGCACAGACGAAGAUAAUACAGAUGAUUGGAAAGAACCCACUGAGAUAAACAAGAGAUAAGAACAGGCAAAGGGGAGGGUUUCCGAACAUUUUGGGACGAAUUCGAGAGCGCCCCACCCUAAAGGGUCCUUAUACCCAUACUCCCUAAGUGGCCCACUUACCAUUAGUCCUUCCUUACCUCCUUCCUUUUACGGUGGUAAGUAAGUCCAAAGCGGGUUGGGGCAGUGGGUCCUUGCCCAGGCCCAGUAAUCGGCUCAAUUUGGAGCACUAGGAAGGGACCUAACAGAUACUUGUUAGAUCAUAGUUUUCUUAGUGUGUCCAGCUGGACAGCUCAUCGUAGAUGGCUGCUUGGAUUCAUUAUUGAAAUUGUGACCAUCUGCGGACAUCUGCACAUUCUACUGGUUUUUUAGGUUGCUUGUAUUGGAAACAGCUGUGCAUUCAUCAGAACACAAAUGUUUACUAAAAUAUUUAAUUAUUAAUAAUUAUUUAACUUAUCAUGUCACUUAGAAUUUUUUAUGGCAAGAUUCUUGUCUUAAUAUUUUGCGCAAAUAGUAGAUAUAUUUUUUCUAAUGGUCAAAUUCCACGUCUAUCUUAUCAUUUAAAUAAUUUUUAGACAAUUUAACAAGAAGCGUCACCCUAGAGCUUUGCCGUGUCACUGAUAUUCAGUGAAGUACCACUUUACAAACCUUGCAUCCCAUAAAAUCGUUACUUCUAAACCUGAAAGUGAGUUGGUCACAAUGCUCAUUUCAUUGAAACUGUUAUUCCCUACAAGUCUCCAUAGAUUAUCAUUUUCCAUGAAAAUGGUGCUUUCAAUAGCUUUUUUGCUCACCUUAAGAAUUCAUUGUUAUUAUGACAUUAUCAGAACCUAAUGUGGCCUUUAUUCCCUACAGGUAUGAUAAAUACUAUCAAACACCUCGUGUAUGGUUGACUGGAUAUGACGAGGUUUGUUCCACAAGUAUAGAUUUAUGACAAUCUUACUAAAUGCCAUAUGUUUUCUUGAAGUUGCCUUUUUAUUCUUUGUAUGCUACACAUGAAUGCUUGAGUAAUUGUGGAAGAGGGAUAUCUUGCUGACGUUAUUAUGUGGAUGAUAUUUGAAAUCAUUGGUAUGCAUAUGCUGAAGUUCAUGUAUGGUGUGAAGUACUUCGAAACCUUUUAAGGUAAAAUGAUGAUGGUGAGUCAUAAAUGAUAUUCUAGAACUAGUGCAUGUUGUGUCGAUUCAUGCCACACAUGCCUGAUCUCUGUUUAAGGAAUUACUUCGUUACUAUAUUCUCUGUCAUCGUCUUCAUCAUCUUCCCAUCAAGCCUCAUCCACCGACUGGGGUUGGGUUGGUAAGGACUUGAAGGGGAAUCUGAAAGCAUAAACUGCGUUUUCAACAAGCCACUUUCCUCUGAUGGACUUUACAUUCCUUUGAAAAAUCGGAAGAACUGUAGUUGAAGAUCGAUCAUAGGAAAAUCCAUUUAGAGGGCAAUGCCUGUUCUCUACUGGUUAAUGACGACUUCGAAAGCAUAUAGAGUAUAUGCAGGCUAGCCAGUAUGAAAACUGACGAGGUGACAAGAGAUAAAAGUGAAGAAAUGGUGACAGAGAAAUAAGAAAAGUACCUUAGGUUUAGUAAACUACUAUUCUUGGGGAUUAUUCUGAAUCCAACUGUUCUUUGUGGCUUCCUCUCCCAUCUACAGUUACGCAAUCAUAUGAAGCAUUUGGUGUAAUCCUGUAUCAUUUAUUGCAGAAACCUUGUUCUGUCUGAUUUUUUUUUUUUUUUUUGAGUGGCCAUUGAUUUUACUCUCUCACUUAUCUUCUUAAUGUCGCUCAAAGAAACAAAGUUUUUGGUCAAAGGAUUGGAAUAACGCUGAAAAACUCUUGUUGAAAAAUGUACUGAUCAAUGGAUCAUAAGGGUUGAACAUAAGAAGAGUUACACCAAAUAAUUCCAUUGCUCCUUACGAAUAAUAGUAUUGAUCCGACAAGUACUUCAUGUAGAUUGAAUUGAGUUUCCUGCUGAGGAAAUUCAAAGAUAGAUCAGUGUGAAGCAUGUCUCAUAGUCCGCUUCAAGAAUUAGAGUAUAGUUUACAUUUAGACCAGUGUUUAUUCUUAUGUUUAAUGUUCUGGGUUUGCCAAUUUGCAUAUGUUUGUGCACCAAUUUUUUGAGAGUAUUUUCCUUUGUUUCACAGUCAAGGAUGCCUUUGCAACCAGAGCUUGUGCUCGAGGAUGUUAGCCAAGACCAUGCACACAAAACUGUAACCUCCAGAUCUUCUUUACUUUUAUGAUUAGCUCACAAUUUUCCCUGUUGACUUUGUCUAAAGGCUUAAAUUAUGAAUUAUCAUUAUCUUUUUAGGUUUGUUGACAAUUUAGUAUAAAAAUGUUCCCACUUCUGUUUGCUUGGUCAUGGAAGUAUGUACUAUUCUAUAUCUGGAUAUCCAUUUUUGUUUCUAUGUAUCAAACUUAGGAUGAUAUGAGCAUGAAAUUUUGAUUAGUAUACUCCGGAGAGUAUCAUGAUCAGGCUGAUCAGGCAUAAUUUCGGGGGGGAAUAAUAGUUUUUUCUUCUCCGGAAGCAAUCUUGGAUAAGUUUAUCUUAAGUGAGAUUUGUCUUUUCAUGGCUUUCUUGUUCUGAUACAUAUUUUCCUUCAUGACAUGCUACGCCCAUGCCUCUUUUUUACAGAGGUGAAUUGAUCAAUGCGUGUGUUUUCUUUUACUUUCUUUUUUUCUUUUCUUUUCUUUUCGUUUUUUGUGGUGGGGGUGGCAAAUAGGCAAUUAGGCAAUUAGGCAAUGAGACUAAUCCACCUGAUUAGUUUGGGCACGAGAUGAUAUUCUGAUUACCAUGCAAUUAGGCAAUUUCAAAGACCAGAAGAGGAGAAAGAGAAAAUAAAGAAAUAUCAGGGGAGCUGGGGAUCGGGUUCAGUUUUAGGUACAUCAAAUCACCCACUCCACACCACCGAGCAUGCCUUUGGGGCAGCUGAAUGGGUCGAAAUUCAUUGCGAAUUAGUAAACUAUCAGCGGAAUUGGCUGAUUCAUCCAAGAUUGGCCGAUUUCCAAGACGAAUGAACACCUAAAUUGGCUGAUUUAGGACCAAUUGGCCCCUAAGUUUACUGAUCCAGGGGAAUCAUUUUAGGGUAUUCGUGGAAAUCAAGCUAGCUAGCCUUUGAGGCAGCUGACUGUGUCGGACCAGUUGGGAAUCAGAAAAUCCUAGUGGAUUGGCCUACUCAUCCAGGGUGAACGAGCUACUAAAUUACUCAUUUUACGAUGGAUUAGGCCCUAAAUUGGCCGAUCCAAGGGUAUAUCAGAAUGAUCACUGCCAAUUCCUUGGGCUAUGCUUGGUUAGCACGCUCCUCCUGGUGAUUACUUACGUCUUUCUUCUUCUCCAUUAUAGUUUUCUUUUCGUCCACUUAUUCUCCAUCACACUCCCUCCUUUUACUUUAUUUUAUUCCUUGAAGCAUCCUUGCCUGUUCCACUCUUUUUUCCAUAUUUGAACUGUUAGCAGUGGACAUUCAUCGACUUCUGGCGCCAUUAGCAUAUUUUGCUUUUAAUAUCUUAUUUAACACAUCCUCUGAACAGUCUUAAAAACCAGAUAAUUCCUUUUUUUAUCCCUGAAAAAUGCGUCUCCUGAACAAAUUUAUUUCCACGGCAAGUCAGAUUCUCUUCCAAGGCAGCUUUUCUUCAGAGGGAAAGUGCAGAUUUUCCUUUCCAUUUUUUCCUGAACACAGGUGACAAUUGAGGACCAUCCUCAUCUCCCUGGGAAGCACGCAUCUGUUCAUCCCUGCAGGCAUGGAGCAGUGAUGAAGAAGAUCAUUGAUGUCUUAAUGUCCCGUGGAGUUGAACCCGAAGUAGACAAGUAACUUCUUUUCCUUAUCUGCGUGGUUGUUAUCAUCCUUUUCACACUGAAUUCCUCAUAUUUCUCGUCAUUUCAACCAUGAUCUUGGCUUCUUCUUUUUUUCCUUUUUUCAUAUGAACAAUUCCUUCCAACUCUUCUCAUCCCUUGGAACUGAGUUUGUCAUCUUAAUCAUGAUCGUGACUUUGUACUGCCGACUCGCCGCUGAUCUUCUGAUAUUCCAGGUACCUCUUUCUGUUUCUGAAAUUCGUUGCUUCUGUGAUUCCCACCAUCGAAUAUGAUUACACCAUGGACUUUGACAUUGGGAGUUCAAGUCACUGA